GGAACCAGGUGUGCGUAAUGAGACAAGACAGUCCGGGGUUGGUGGUAAUGAAUCCAGUUCAGUGACGCCGAGGAGGCCGGUGACGUAGACCUGGUGAACGGAAUGAGCAGCAGUACCGGGGGGAUCCGUGACAAAGAGGCUCAAGAGGGUCAACUGGUGUGCUCUCACAAUAAUAGACUAUACAGUUAACAUACAAUAUGGUUAAAACCCUUCAGAAAUUACAUAUAUUGUUUUGUCUAUUUAACAGGGAUGUCUCUGACUCCAAUGUGGUAAAACUCAGCAAUAAGCUCAAAGCCACCCUGAAGAAAAAGUACCAAAGUCCGCCAGGGGGGGAAACUGAGCAUCUAUUUUAUAUUCAUUGUGAUCUCCACUAUCCACCUGGUGAAAGUGGAGAGGUGAACCAACAUGAGUACAUUCAAAUUAAGCCAACUUUCAGGAAGAGACGCCAAUGGAGAUGCUCACCCUUAGGCUUAUACUUUGAUUCUGAACUAGACGACGAGCGAGUCAGAAUAGCGCUGACAAAGGGCGUCUCUGGUAUUGGCAAAACUAGCCAGGUGCGGAUGAUUAUUCUUAACUGGGCAGAGGGAAAAGGAAACCAGCAAUGUACUCUCAUAUUUCCCCUUCCUUUCCGGGAGCUGAAUUUGCUGAAGGAGAGACUGAGUCUGAUUGAACUUCUUUACAAAUUUUUCCCAGAAUUGAAAGAACCUGGCAUUUACAACUUGGAGAACUUCAGAGUUGGGUUCAUUCUUGACGGGCUGGAUGAAUUUCGACGUCCUCUCGACUUCAAGAACAGCCCGAUAGUGACCGAUCUCACAGAGCCCUCCUCCGUGCCGACACUGCUGACAAACCUUAUUAACGGUAACCUUCUUCCCUCCGCCGCUCACAUAUGGAUUACAUCCAGACCUGAAGCAGUCCAUCACAUCCCUCUUCAGUACAUCAACGAAGUGACAGAAAUCGAAGGCUUCACGGACUCUCAGAAAGAGGAGUUCUUCAGGAGAGCAACCAUUCACACGGACCAGGCCAAUGCAAUUAUCCACCACUUGAAGUGCUCAAAAAGCCUCUAUGUUUUGUGCCAGAUACCUAUUAUCUGUUCGAUUUCUGCAUCAGUCCUCGUUAGACAGACAUGGCUAUCCGAUAAAGAAUAUGACCCCGGAGCUCUGACUCCAAUGUACACUGACCUACUCGCUCUGUUGCAAACACAGAAUCCGAAUACCCAGAAGAUGGCUAUUAAAUUGGGGGAACUAGCCUUUAAGCAGUUGGUGAAAGGCAACACGGUUGUCUACAGGGAAGACCUACAAGAGUGCGACAUUAACUGUGAUGAGGGGUCAGAGUUUGCAAAAGUAAGCAUACCCAUCUUCAGGGAGGAUAUUGGGCUGCACCAAAAGAAGAUCUACUACUUUGGGCAUACCACCAUUCAGGAGUUCUUUGCUGCAAUGUGGUUUAAUCGAUCCUGCAACAGCCCAGAUGAAAACCUGAGGAAUGCAGUGGACAUGGCCUUGCAGAGCAAAAACGGAAAGCUGGACCUCUUCCUCCGGUUCCUCCUCAGCUUCUCGCAGAGCUUCAUCCAGUCAAUCGCAGAGGCCGGCUACAACUCGUCGGAGACACUGACGGAAACGGUAGAGUACAUCAAGAAGAAGGUUAUGGAGAAUCCCGCUUCACCGAGGACCCUCAACCUGCUGAACUGCCUGACGGAACUGGGUGACAGCUCUUUAGAAACUGAUGGUGUGAGCUUUCUCAAUACGGGAAUCCCCCCAGAUGCCAAAUACCCACGUGCACAUUGGUCUGACCUGGCCGCUGUGUUAUUGGCAUCGGAGUCUGGGCCAAUAGACAUGCUUGGGUUGGAAGUAAAGAAGAGAGGAGACGAGGAACUUCUGAGGAUGCUGCCAGUGAUCAAAGCUUCCCAGACAGCCACGCUGUCAUAUCACAAACUAACAGAGAAAUCCUGUGAAUGUCUGGCCUCGGCGCUCACCUCAAAGGUCUCCAAUCUGAAAACUCUGGACCUGAGUUUCAACACGCUGAAGGACUCGGGAGUGCAGCUGUUGGCGGCCGGCUUGGCCAAGCCACACUGCCGACUGGAGAGACUGAAACUGUCCGGCUGCAGGGUGAAACGGAAUGGCUUUGCAGCUCUGGCCAAAGCUCUCAAAUCCAACCCCUCGCACCUGCGAGAGCUGGAUCUGAGCGGAAACGAACCGGGAGAAUCGGGGGUGUUUCAUCUCGUUGACGGACUGAAGGUUGUCAAUUGCAAACUGCAGAUCCUGAAGCUCUCAAACUGCAAGCUGGGCCUGGAGCUGAGUCGCGCUCUGGCGGUGUUGCUGAUAGACAACCCCAGACACCUGCGAGAGCUGGACGUCAGCAUGAACGACCUGGGAGACCGGGGGGUGAAGAUGCUCAUGGACAUACUGAAGUCAACCCAGAUAUACAAACUGGAGUUGUACUGUUGUCAGCUCACUGAGAAAUGCUGUGAGAACAUGAUUAGGUGUCUGGUGAACAUCCCCAGUCUGAGGGAGCUCAACCUGAGCAACAAUAACCUGAAGGACGUGGGGGUCAAGAUGCUCUGCAAAGCCUUCAGGCUGCCCGCCUGUCAACUGGAGAAACUCAUUUUGGCGAGCUGUGGCAUCACCCUAGUCAGAGGGUUUCAUUUCAACUCUAUCCUCAAAGAGCUGGACAUCAGCAGGAACCAUCUGGGCGACUCGGAUGACUGGGCCGAUGUCUUGUUCUGCUUGUCUUCAUUUGAGACCCUCAGGGUGAGUGACUGUAAACUGACAGAGAAAUGCUGUGGGGAGCUGGUUGAAGCUCUCAGCUCCAACCUCACCGACCUGAAAGAGCUGGAUCUCUCUGGAAACGACCUGGGAGACCGCGGUGUGAAGACUCUCUACAUGGGACUGACGUCCAGGUGUUGUACACUGGAGAGACUGUUUCUGAGAUGCUGUGGGAUCACAGUAAAGGGCUGCUCCUCCCUAGCCGUAGCCCUGAAGUCCAGCCGCUCCAGCAUCACAGAACUGGGCUUGAUGGGAAACGACACGGGAGAAGAAGGACUGAGAAUUCUCAUUGACAUAAGGGACAAUCAACGCUAUAAACUACAGACUCUAGAGUAUGUCCUGGUGCCAUCAAAGCGUACAACGAUGUUGGUGUGGAUACGAUGGCCAGACAGCCGUUGCCGUAUUCUACAACCUGCUCGACCCGGCUGCUAUCAACGCGCACGUUUUGUUCGCCCAGUGUACCGGCAAGACAAUGCGGUGAAAGUGGGUAUCCCACAUCCAUUUCAUCAUGGAUCUGGCAUGAGAGCUUCGUGAGAACCACAUGAUCCAAGACGACGGCAGCUGCAGCCGCCAAGGUGGCAGCCAAGGCCGCACCGCCUCCUUCCAGGCUACCCAUCCAACUGGGAAGAGAACACAGUGCCAGCCAAGGCCGCACCGCCUCCUUCCCGGGCACCCAUCCAGCUGGGAAGAGAACACAGUGCCAGGUGAAGACGCGGUGUGCACUGAACCUGGCCCAUGAAAGCUGUGCACAGUGCCACCGAUUUGUUUGUGGGUCUUGCAUCCACAAAGGUCCGAAGCGGUGCGCUGACUGUGGAUCAGAGCAAUAGAGGAGAGGAGGAAGAGACUGAUUAAUGCAUGAAAGGCGCAUAUCCCACUGAAGGCGAGGGCACGAUAUUGUGUUCAACUCCAAUCUAAUGACAAAUGUUUUACGUCAUGGAUAUUGUCAACGAAUAUUAACAUAUGCAUAUAAUGGUUCACAUGUGUUUUGCACUCUUUUUAUCAGUUGGCGCUUCUGUGAAUGCAUAAAUCCCGAGUGGCACAGCGGUCUAAGACACUGCAUCUCAGUGCAAGAGGCGUCACUACAGUCCCUGGUUAUAAUCCAGGCUGUGUCACAUCCGGCGGUGAUUGGGAGUCCCAUAGGGCGGCGCACAAUUGUCCCAGCGUUGUCCGGGUUUGGCUGGGGUAGGCCGUCAUUGUAAGUAAGAAUUGUUCUUAGCUGACUUGCCUAGUUAAAUCCAAUAAAACAUUAAUUGACCGUGCUUAUCCUGAGGGAGAUUAUUUGAGUAUUUCUCUGUGAUACUUUUAGCUAAAUCUACUAUGCAAGUGAAAUUGGUUAAAUCAUGUUUUUCUCACAAAAUGUUGUCAUUCUUAUCAUUGAUGUGGUCCUCUAUGGUUAUUUUUUGUACUCAUGCUUUUCCAAUCCUAGAAAUGAUUUAUUAACCCCGCACCAUUUAAUACAUUUAAUCAAUUGUACUUGUGAAUGUAGCUAAAAGUAUCCCACAGAAAGCAAGAGGCCAGGCCACUAACAGUUUAAAGAGCCAGUGCAGUCCAAAUGUCAUUCUCCAGUGUUUUAUAUAUAUUUACAACCUAUGAGGUUGGAAUAAUAUGAAUCAUAAGGGAAGCAUCGCGCUGUCCCAGAAUCUUGGCUGGUGUGUAAAAGCAGUGAAUUUCGACAAAACAAAAAGGUGUAGCAGGAAGCUUAGGCCUACUUCAUUAUUCUCAUUUAAAAAAUCAUUUUCACUGCAUUAGGAAUAGCGUACACAGACCUUUGGCUUUACGUCCUUCUUCAGUGUAUAGGUGCAAUUCGAUUUGAUUUCAAAACCGCUUUUUUUUUUAGGGGAACAACUGAUGCUAAAUAACAUUUGAUUUGAUGAGUAGUGGGUGCUUUUAAUCAGGGUUGCCUCUCAUCUGCCAAUGAGGGAUGUGUCAUUUCCUGGUCUACCUGUAUACAAACAAGUUAGUCACGAAGAAAUACAGAAUUAGAAGGUAAGAGAGCGGGCACCAAGGACAAUUCAAUUGCCUUAGGUGUCUGCUCACUUGAAUACAUUGUGUCGAUUCACGAGAUACCUUACCACAAAGGAUAUCAGGCUCAGCCGUCCAUAAAUAUGUGGGGCUAACUCAUAAACGAUAUGCAAAAUCUGUAAGGACAGUGGUCUUGUAACAGUCUAAAUUUGGCCUAUAGGAAGGAGGUGAAAUAUAAUUAUUUGUUUAAACCGCGUGGAGAUACAGAAUGUAUAUAUCCACAUUGUAAUGGGUGCGUGCUGGCGACAGGGAAGUCAGGUUCAGGAGAAUGAACUUGGUAUAAACGGAGUCGUUUAAUAAGUGCUCACAAAACCUUGAAAAACCCGUCGCACACCAGAACUGCACAUAACAUACAAUCAAACGAUCACCGACAAGGACAUGAGGGGAAACAGGGUUAAAUACACAACAUGGAAUUGAUGGGAUUGGAAUAUCAGGUGUGAAGGAAGAUGAGACAAAACCAAUGGAAAAUGAAAAAUGGAUCAGCGAUGGCUAGAAGGUCGGUGACGUCGACCGCCGAACACCACCCGAACAAGGAGAGGGACCGACUUCGAAGUCGUGACAGUAACAUUGUCCCAGAUGAUGACGUACCUGGGCUGCUCUGGCAACUGGUCAUUCGGGAUUAGUCUAUUGUGUAGGGGGUCCAGAAAUGUGAUACGGUGUGCAGUGUUGUAUGGGCAUAGGAUUGCAUGAUGGUGAAGGACGCCAUUUUGACUAAUAGCCGCACACAUUAUGUUGCCACCACAUUGUCCCGGGACGUUGAUAAUGGCACGGUGUCCGAUGAUAUUUCUGUCGGUGUCCCUUGUUUUUGCAAGGUUGAAACCUGCCUCGUCCACAUAUAUUAGCUCAUGAUUCUCGCUCCAUGACUCUCUGAAAGAGACAAGACAAAACAAUGUAUCACAGUACGAAAAGACAGGGAUCAGUCAAUAUGAUGUAGCACCAUACACUUCCACAUCCAGUACCAAUGAUAGGAUUCAUAUCUCAGUUGUUUUACACGGUCUGAGUUUCUUUCGAAAGGGACUCUGUACAGCCGCUUCAUCCUAAUUCUAUUGCGUUUCAGUAGAUGAGAGUGCAGACUCACUCUGUUGAUGUUUUAGAAUAUGGUGUUGUCUACCAUUAUGUGGUCCUGCAGUUCUGAGUCUGAUGCCGUUAUUUGCAAUGAUCAUAUUUACGAUGUGGGUCUCCUGUUCUGGGGAGAACAGUCGACCUCUUCCACCAGAUACUGGUUUUCUUGCAGUUCUAUAAAAACAUUUGAAUGGUUUUAGUGAUAGAUCCUUCUCAUUAUGAAAGUACAGUACAUAUUACUGUACCAGUAAGACUACAGAACUUACAGUCACUUACCGGUUCUCAUCUCGAAAUAUCCGGAUGAUACCUGCAACAGGAUAGCGACUCAGAUUUGGAUGGACCCUUUGCCCAGCCUCCCAUGCUCAUGCCAUGGCUGACAACAUGAUUUCAUCAGUUGUGUUCCUGACUCCACUUCCUCUUCCCCGUCCUCUCCUUCUCCCACGUCCUACUUCACCUCUUCCUUCUCUUACUUCUUCACCUCCUCGUACUCCUCUAGUUAUCACCCCUCUUACUCUCUGUCCAAUAUUGGCCUCCAUUGUUGCCCAAACCAAAUGUUUACCUGUGGCCUAUUUAUAGUGCUCAAGCUCUGAUUUGUAAGUUAGCUCAUUAUCUAAAAGUGUUUUCAUGUGUCAACGUGGAAAGGCAAUUGGCGAAAUAGUGUAGCAAUGUAGAGACCAAUGUUUACAGUUUUGCUAGAAGUGUGUUAUUAAAUUGUCAACUGAGUGUAAAGCAGUGAGUUGUGUUCACAGUUUUGCAAAAAAGUGUGUUAUAAAAUUACAAACUGAGUAUAAAGCAGAGAACGUGCAUUCAGUUUGGCACACUUGGUAAAUUCAUUGGCUACAAGUGUUAAUGUUUUCAGAGAUAGUGCUUCAAGAAUCACUGUUAGAGUUUAAGCAUUCAGAAAAAAAACUGUAAUCAGGCAUUGGAGUCUGAAAAGGCUCUAGUCUAAAGUCAAGACACAGUUGAAGUGUUUGCCACCACAUGCUUAUGGCAAACAACACCAGAUCGAAAACAUGCAAAAGAACGGAGAGGAGAUUGAUUGAUGCGUAAAGGGCGCAUACCCCACUGACUGCACCCAGGAGGAUAACACUGUGUCCGAUCGAGCUUUAACCACUUGUUUAUAUCAUGGAUAUAUUUACACAAAUACUCAUUUCUGCAUU